AUGGUGCGACAAGUCCAGUGGUGCGACGUGGAAGAGCAGCACCCCUACUUGCUCUUCUACAUGGCCCAGCAUCCUGUGGAGCUGGGAGAGCCCGUGCCGUCCGCCGAAGAGAAGUGCGACGCAGUGGCUGAACCCGUGGCUGCCCCGGAUGCCCCGUCUGUCGAGCAAAAGGCGCCCCCGGCAAAGUGCGAGCCUGAGCCGGCUGAGCCCCCGCUUCCUCCUUCCUCCCGGCAGGAGCCGAAGCCACCCGACGAUGGCAGCGAGUCUCUUGAAGCGACGGAAAAAGUGGUAGAGGGGCCCAAGUCGCCUAAUCUGACACCCAGCUCCGCCUCGUACUCCGCGAACUUCGCAGACUCACAGUGA